UUGACAGGAGAGCCAUUUUUUUGCCUAUCGGCGUGCCUUUUAACUCGGAUAUUACUUGCGUUUGAUUUGUUGAGAGGCUGUACGAUCCUUGGCAGUGUUCUAAGACUGUACGGCCUUAUACAAACCAGAGAAGUGAUUGGACUUGUUUUAUUAACUGCAAAGAAGAGGGAUUUUUUCACUGUAUUUUGACUAUGUUCGCAGAUCCGUGAUAACACUUAGUCGAAUCUUUGAAAUUACCGUAGCCGAGCAGGAUUUGAACUUCUGGACAUUACGAGAGUGCCAACUGAUUUUUGCCGUCAAAAUGACUGCUGAAAAGGAAAAGAAAAGGAGCAGCUCGGAGCGGCGGAAGGAGAAGUCCCGGGACGCCGCCCGUUGCCGGCGCAGUAAGGAGACAGAGGUGUUCUAUGAGCUGGCCCACCACCUGCCCCUUCCUCACAGUGUCAGUGCCCACCUAGACAAAGCCUCCAUCAUGAGACUGGCCAUCAGCUUCCUACGCACCCGCAAACUCCUCUCCACAGCCUGCCGUACAAACGAAACGGAGGAGGACAGACAGAUGGACGGCCUGUACCUGAGGUCACUGGAGGGGUUUAUCGCUGUGGUCACGUCAGAUGGGGACAUGAUUUUCUUAUCAGAAAACAUCAGCAAGUUCAUGGGCUUGACACAGGUGGAGUUGACAGGGCACAGCAUCUUUGACUUCACCCACCCCUGCGAUCAUGACGAGAUUCGGGAGAACCUCAGUCUCAAAAGUGGUUUGGGGAAAAAAGGUCGAGAACUGAGUACAGAAAGAGAUUUCUUCAUGAGGAUGAAGUGCACAGUGACAAAUCGUGGGCGUACCGUCAACCUUAAAUCAGCCAGCUGGAAGGUGCUGCACUGUACAGGUCAUCUGAAGGUGUACAGUAGCUGCCCCCCACGCGUGCUCUGUGGAUAUAAGGAGCCCCCCCUCACCUGUGUGGUCAUGAUGUGUGAACCCGUACCACACCCUUCCAACAUCGACACCCCCCUGGACAGCAAAACUUUCCUGAGCCGCCAUAGCAUGGACAUGAAGUUUACUUACUGCGAUGACAGGGUCACAGAGCUGAUGGGUUACAGUCCUGAAGACCUCCUUGGUCGUUCUGUGUACGACUUCUACCAUGCUCUCGACUCUGAAAGCGUCACCAAAAGCCACCAGAACCUGUGCACUAAAGGUCAGGCAGUGAGUGGUCAGUAUCGAAUGUUGGCCAAACAUGGCGGCUACGUUUGGGUGGAGACCCAAGGCACCGUCAUCUACAACAGCCGUAACUCACAGCCACAGUGCAUUGUGUGCGUCAACUAUGUGCUAAGUGAUAUUGAGGAAAAAUCCAUGAUCUUCUCCAUGGACCAGACAGAGUCCCUAUUCAAGCCACAUCACAUGAAAAGUUUCUUCAGUCAGAGUGGCAGUGGAUUGGCCGGGGAGGCAGCUGAUACCCUCUUCACCAAACUCAAAGAGGAGCCUGAGGACCUCACCCAGCUGGCACCCACACCUGGCGACGCCAUCAUUUCUCUCGACUUCGGUCGCGCCCAGUUCGAGGAGCAUCCGAUAUACAGCAAAGUUUCUCCAAUGCCUCCUCAUGCCCCACACUCUUUCAUCAGUGAUGGACACAAACCCAGUUCCGCUGGGGAUAUGCCCAAAAUGGGCACCACCUUCUCUGUGCCACAGGUCCCACAACCUGGUAGUGCCACUCCCAGCCUGAGCAGCUGCUCCACGCCUAGCAGCCCUGGAGAUUACUACAGUUCAGUGGACAAUGAUCUCAAGGUAGAGCUGACAGAGAAACUGUUUGCCCUUGAUACACAAGAGACAAAGAACUCCUGCAGCCAAGAGACGGACCUGAGCGAUCUGGAUCUGGAAACACUGGCUCCCUACAUUCCCAUGGAUGGUGAGGACUUCCAGCUUAACCCCAUUUGCCAGGAGGAGACCCCACCUGAGGCAGCAGGGCUUGGGAUCACUCAACACAGUUUCAGCAACAUCGUCAGCCUCUUUCAGCCCCUGAACUCUGCUCCACCCGCCCAGUUCCAGUCUAACAUGCGCUCAACAGGAGACAAGCCAGCUCCCAGCGGUGGCUCCAUAGACCCAUGGCCAGCCUUGCCCUACAGCGGCCCCAUGCAAAUGCCACCAUACCACGACCCGGCCUCUACCCCCCUCUCUUCUAUGGGCGGACGCCAGAAUUUACAAUGGCCACCCGAUCCUCCAUUACAUUACCCCCAGGCAAAGGCUGGUAUGAUAGACCCCUUGGCUACGAACCAUUCGUGCCAAGGUCUGCUGACAAACCGGAUGCCCCCCUGCAAGCAAAGGUCUCUGGAGAACUUUGCGCUGAUCUACAGAGAUGUGAGUCCUGCCCGUCGGGCUUUAGCCAACAGCAUCAAGCGUUCCUUUACGCAAAUGACCAUGGAGGAGGCACCUCUGAAUAAGCCGUCUGAAAUGAUGUGGAAGAGAAUGCGGAAUGAGAGCUGCACCAUCAUGGAAAGGAAAUCUCUCAGCACCAGUGCCUUAUCAGAAAAAUGCAUGGCCCAUGCAGAAGGUAUAGACCAUCAGCAUAGGAAGUCUCCAUACCCAUGUCAUGGGAUAGGGCAGACUAAGAAACCCUACCAAGACCAGAGCUGCAACUACAGAGAGUAUAACAUGUUGCCUGCCACCAAAAUGGAGAGUGUUGCGAGUCGUCUUCUGGAACCUUCCUUUGAGACGUACGGUCUGCCCGAGUUGACACGUUAUGACUGUGAGGUCAAUGUCCCACUGCAAGGGAACCUGCAUUUGCUUCAGGGCAGUGACCUGCUGAGGGCCUUAGACCAGGCCACUUAA